ACAAACAAAUGCCAUAACUCGUUUCGCUCACCCUCUUAACUCUUUAGAACAAGUAGAAGAAGUCUCAUCUUCUUCGUCUUCUUUGCGAUCCUUCUGAUUUCACUAAGGAAAAGGAAUCAGUUUUUGGUGGAAGUAAUUGAUCCGAUCUAGGAAAAAUGGGAGGAGGUGAUCAUGGACAUGGAGCAGAAGGAGGCGAUUUCAGAGCCAAAGUCUGGAGUAUGACUGGUGGGCCUAACUGUAGGCCCAAACAUUGGCGUCGGAACACCGCCAUUGCUAUGUUCGGCGUUUUCCUUGUGUGCAUCCCCAUCGCCAAGCUAUCUGCUAAGCUUGAGCAAAGGCCACACAUGCCAGUACGCCCAAUUCCUUCACAGAUCUGGUGCAAGAACUUUGGAACCAAGGACGAUUACGAAAAAGAGCAUUAAAAGUUUUUUUCUUGGUUUGGAGAGAACCCUUUAAUUGGUCUUCUUAUUUGCAGACAAUGUGAGCAUAAAAAAAGCGCUUCUAGCUUUGUCUAUGGAUUUCAGAGUACUGUGAACAUAAUAAUAUGUCUUUUUCCUUGCCAUGUAGAACAACACCAUGGAAUCUUUCCAAAUUAAGAAAUUUCAUGUUUUUUUCCAUAUUCCUACUGAUAAUCUAGGGGUGGGUUUUAUCUGAGGCAGAUGCAGAAUCCAUGUGGGUUUUGAAUCAUCAUUAUACGAUUUUACAUUAAGGCAAUGGAAUAUACAAAUUCACAUGAAAC